AUGAUGCUGAAUUUUAAAGUGAAAUUAGCUCUAGAGCUACUUAUAAUUAUUCUUCUUAGUUUCAAGAUUCUGCAUUCAACUGGUAAACCUGGAAUUUUAAAAAGUAAGAUUAUGAAAAUAAAGAACAAAUUUAGGUCAUAUGAAGAUAAAAUAUUAAUGCCUCAUAAAUAUGAAUCUAUAUCUCCUUUGGAUACGGAAGAAUUACAGUUUUUAAAUGAAAGUAAUAUUAUGAGAUUGUCAUUAGCAAGAGAUUUGACAAGGUUCCAAGAGAAAAAAAGAAAUAACAAAAGCACAAUAGACCAUAGAGAAAUUGAGUUUUAUAAUUCUAUGUUUCCAACUUAUUCAAAAAAUAUGCGUGUUGGAGAUUCAAUGGAACCAUUUUCUUCUGAAGCUAGUAUGUAUUUAUGGCCAAGAAAUCCUUAUAAUCAUCAGGGAUCUAAUAUUGUGUACUCUAAAAUGAGUAAACCUAUACAAAUAGACCAUUUUGGUUAUAUUAUAUCUAAGUUUGACAAUACAAUUAACAGUGGUAAGGGUAUUAAGGAAAGAAUAUAUACAAAAGUUUUACAUUCUACAUCUAUUUGGGGAGUCUUUGUAUCACCUUGUCAUGGUUUGAUAAUAUUUUCUCAAAUAUUUAGUAGAUCUCUUAAGUACGAUGCAAAUACAUGUUUAUACAGAAUAUUUUGCAAGAAUAGUGAUAUAAUUGAGAGAUACAGCCUUGCUAAUGGAAUAGUGACUGAGUUUAUGAAUAGAAAACUUGUACACAAAGAAGAUGGAACGAUAGAUACUAGUGUAAAUUAUAAUGUAAGUCGCGGUGACAUUAUUUUAAGAGUUCUAGAAGAUUAUAAUCCACCAUUAUAUGAAGAAGAAAUAUUUGAAGUUCCUGUAGCUAUGCCAUGUAGUGGAUAUGUUUUAUGGGCAAAGAAACCUAAACAAGUAUUUAUUACUGGUGAGCUUAUUGCUGAAAUUAACUGCUAUUCAGAUAUCAACAAAACUAAUAGUAGUCAAUUAAUAUUUGCUUCAAGCAGAGGUUAUUAUGACCUAUUAAAUCUUAACUAUACGAAAUAUAGAAAAUACAGUAAUGACACUUCAUUGAAAUCAAAUUUCAAUAGAUCUUUUUUGCCAGUCAACUUUCCAUUUGCGACUUUACAUUUAGAAUGUAAACAUUUUAUUUCAAAGGAAGAUAAAUUAAUUGGUUACCAAAAUACAGAUAAUAUUAUGAUAAAGAUGCCCUGCAAAGGUAUAAUUAGAUUUCCAACAAUACGUUUAGAUUUUGUGAUGGAGAAUGAGAAACUAUACGAAGUUAAAUGUUUGAACGGCACAACUAUAACGCAGCAAAGUAUGUUACAAGGAAGUGUUGAGAUGCUAGUUAGUUCAAAUACUAUUAUAGAAGAAAAUGAAUAUAUUUUAUGUAUAUCAAAAAAAGAUCUAUCUAAAAUGUUAUUAGAUGACUUUUCAUCAAAAAUGGUAAACACUUGGAGGAUGUCUAAAGAAGCUGAUGUUAUGAUACCUAUCUUAUUAAAAUUUAGUAAUAAUGAGGAAUGGAAAUAUUAA